UGUGUUCUGUUCAAACACAGCCGAUCACACGCAUACACAACACAGAGCAAGCUAUCAUCUGAUCGACAUGGCCGGCGCCACCAUGGCUCUCACCUCCCGCGCGCUCGUCGGCAAGCCGGCGACCACCAGCACCAGGGACGUCUUCGGCGAGGGCCGCAUCACCAUGCGCAAGACUGCUGCCAAGCCCAAGCCAGCGGCGUCCGGCAGCCCCUGGUACGGGGCCGACCGCGUCCUGUACCUGGGUCCGUUCUCCGGCGAGCCCCCAAGCUACCUGACCGGCGAGUUCCCCGGCGACUACGGCUGGGACACUGCCGGGCUGUCUGCGGACCCCGAGACCUUCGCCAAGAACCGCGAGCUGGAGGUGAUCCACUGCCGCUGGGCCAUGCUCGGCGCGCUCGGGUGCGUGUUCCCGGAGCUGCUCGCCCGCAACGGCGUCAAGUUCGGCGAGGCCGUGUGGUUCAAGGCGGGCUCCCAGAUCUUCAGCGAGGGCGGGCUGGACUACCUCGGCAACCCGAGCUUGAUCCACGCGCAGAGCAUCCUGGCCAUCUGGGCGUGCCAGGUGGUGCUCAUGGGCGCCGUCGAGGGGUACCGCGUCGCCGGUGGCCCGCUCGGAGAGGUGGUCGAUCCUCUGUACCCUGGCGGCAGCUUCGACCCGCUUGGGCUCGCCGACGACCCGGAGGCGUUCGCGGAGCUGAAGGUGAAGGAGAUCAAGAACGGCCGCCUCGCCAUGUUCUCCAUGUUCGGCUUCUUCGUGCAGGCUAUCGUCACCGGCAAGGGUCCCCUUGAGAACCUCGCCGACCACCUCGCCGACCCUGUCAACAACAACGCCUGGGCGUACGCCACCAACUUCGUCCCCGGCAAGUGAGCGAGGGCAUGCUUGUACCGUAGACAUACGUAUCCGUAUGUACUGCAGGGUGUACCAGUAUUUGUGAAGGGAGCUUGGGUCAGAGAUUGUACCAGUAGUGUAUUUGUAUGCAUGUUCUGACCUGAUCAAUAAAAUAUGCUGUAAAUUGUAUAUGUCUUUAUUUAUGCAUACUGUACAUGAUUGUUCAGACAAUCGUUCGA